CCUUCGGUGCGAACAUAUAGUUUGUGGUCGCUGUGUGGGACGGGGUGAGAACGAAAAUGAAGUUUGCGGUAGUGUUCCUGCUGUUGGCCACCUGUGGCGUGGCACUGUCGGCGAAACUUUCCGACAGUUCGAAAGCCGUUUUGACGCCAUCUUUGCUGAGCAGAUAUCGUAGUACCGUGCCGAAAUCGAACCCAUCGGGGAGGAAUGCAAAUAUUACGGUGGAUUUUUUCACCACCGAAGUGGAUCACUUCAAUAACCAAGAUCUGGCUACGUGGAGCAAUCGGUAUAUGGUGUCGAUGGAUCACUUUGUCGAAGGUGGCCCACUGUUGAUCUUUCUCACCGGCGAUAUACCGCUCGAUGAGUCGCUGAUCGACGAAAGUACGCUGAUCAACGAAAUGGCGCGCGAUCUGGGUGGGGCUGUGUUUGCGCUGGAAACACGUUUCUACGGCGAAAGUCAACCGGUAGGAGAUCUCAAUGUGGAGAGCUUGCGGUUACUAAACACCGAACAGAUCCUGGCGGACGUGGCCGACUUUGUGCUGCACCUGCGACGGACCGUGAUCGGCAAUCCGUUCGCGCACGCUCUCGUAGCUGGUACCGGGCUCGGUGGUGGAUUGGCCACGUGGUUCCGCAUUCGGUACCCGCAUCUGGCGGAUGCAGCCUGGUCCUCGAGCGGUUAUCUGCGCGCGGUGUACGAUUUCCAAGAAUUCUCCUUCGGCUGGGCCGAAACGGCAAUCGAAGCGGGCAGCCAGGAGUGCUACAAUCGCAUCUUUAUCGCGUUCCACGUGGCCCAGAACCUGUUCGACGCCGGGUUCGGUGAGGUGCUGUACAAAAAGCUAAAUCUCUGCACACCGGUUGACGCGGACGAUCGUAUCGAGGUGGCGUACUUCUUCAGCGUGCUGAUGACGUCUAUCGAGCUGUACACGCUACGCAAUGGAAACGUUGACGAGUUUAAGACGGUGUGCGAUGAUAUUACGGGCGAAAAUUUCGCCACAUCCCUGGACGCGUUUGCUAGCUGGUUCAACACGAAGUUUGUGGAGGACGAUGGUUGCAUUAUCGUGAGCUUUGAUCAGUUCAUCGAAUCGCUUGGCGAGACGUCCGUGUCGGCUGAGAUUAGCUUGGCAGGAGAGCGUCAGUUCCUGUACCAGCAAUGUACCGAGUACGGUUGGUUCAUCACGACCGAUUCCGAUCUGCAACCGUUCGGUGAGCGCGUUCAGAUGGAGCUGUACUACGAGAUGUGUCGCCGUGUGUUUGGUGAGUGGGUCACGCCCGAGCUUAUGUUCCGGUCGACCGAAAGAACGAACGAUCGGUUCGGCGGUAGCACGCCGAACGUGAUGCAGGUUCACUUCACCAACGGAGCGUUCGAUCCGUGGCGAUACGCGAGCAUCGUGUCCGAUCUGAACGUGUACGCGCUGGCGGACGUGAUUCCGGGUGAGCUGGCCGGUGCAGAUCUGAGGGCUAUUUCGGAGGAAAACGACUCGCAGCAGCUGAUCGAGGUGAAGCGCCGUCUGAAGGAACUGUUUGAAAGCUAUCUGUUCCCAUUCAAUCCACGAUAGGUUACUUAUAUCUUUAUUACACCUCCUGUCCAGUAUGAAAGAAAAAGCAUUUAGCUACAAAAUAA